CUUCCGGUUGCGGAACAACAUGAGAGGUUUCCCCGCAUCGGCGGAGACAGACGGAGCACAAUAACAAAGACACGGGAGAAAUGUCCGCGUUUGAGAGCAGAUUUCAAUCUUACACCGCCACACAGCUGAAUGAAUUACUGGAGGACGAUGACAAACUCCGUCAGAUUGUCAAGGAAAUGGAUGAGAUGCAGGACAUGCAGCAGAAUAAAGAGCUGACGAUUGCCAGUAAUCGCAGUCUGGCAGAACAGAAUCUCAGUCUGCAACCUGAACUGGAUCAUCAGAAGAUUCAGUUGACCAAAAGCUACUGCUGUUUACAAGAGCUUUAUGAUUCCUACCAGCUCCGCAAGUCCACACUAGGAAGCAGUUCAUUAGACACGUUGUUGGCUCUUUUGCAAACAGAGGGAGCAAAGAUUGAAGAAGAAACAGAGAACAUGGCCGACUCUUUUUUGGAUGGAGCCUUGACUCUGGAUGGCUUCAUCGAUGACUACCAAAACAAGAGAAAGCUGGCUCAUCUGAGGCGCGUGAAGAUCGAUAAGCUACGGGAGAUGGUGCUAAAGGGCGUUCAGCUUCCUCAAAGUUCCUCUAUGGAUCCUUCACAUCCUCAGGAAGCCCCUAACUCCUCUUUUCAAAGGCUUGCUAAUGGUUCUCCAGCCCAUGGAAGACCCACACCGACAUCUCAACCAUCAGGGCAGCCCCCACCAUCGUCCUACGCAGAUGCUCGCAAUCCUUAUAUCCCUCAGAGCGCCGGUGGUGUCCCCCUGCCAAACAUGGUACCUUCAUAUUCAUGUCCAUACCCACAAGCCCUCUCUCAAGGACCUGGUGCUGGUCUUCCUCCACAGGCAGGGUUUAUAUUGCAAUGAUGGUCUUAGUUUAAACCCUUUCAAUGUGAAAUGUGAUGUUUUUCUUUAAAUGCACUUUUAUCCCUCCCACAAUUUUUCUAACAGAAACUGAUCAAGUCUGCAAAAUCCAUCUGGACCUGCUAACAACGUAAUAUCAAUUUUAACAUUUGGUUGCAAAAGGGGUAGAUCACACAGAAUAGUUUUCUCUAUGGGCAGUUAGCGUUAUGCGUGGUGUUUAUGCACGCCGAACGCCUCGCAUUAUUGCCACCUGCCAUGCCACACUUUUUUGCAGGAGUGCUCUGAGCGCCUGAAGUUGAAAAAACAGAGGAAAAGCGCCCGACGUCAUUCGUGUUUUUUCCAUUGUCCAAUCGAAUGAGGGCCUUCUUGCUCCUACGUGUUUGUGCAGCUCUCAUCCUCGAUCAAGGUUAAAGCAAGCGCCAAAGUUUCAAAAGCGCCAAAGUUUCAAGAGUUCUCACGCUUCAAAAUUCACAGCUGUCACAGCUUCCUAGGUGGUUGCUCCACUGCUAUUUUUUAAAGUAACCAAAAAAGCAGUGCAGCACACUGCAAAAAAGUAUUUUCAAGAAAACAUUUUCUUAGUGUUUUUGUCUUGUUUUCAGUAAAAAUAUAAAAAAAUUCUUAAAUUAAGAUGCUUUUUCUUGAUGAGCAAAACGACCCAAGAAAGUAAUCUGCCAAUGGGAUAAGCAAAUUUUUCUUGAAUUUUUCUUGAAUUUAGUGUUUAAAAAAAAUUCUUUUUUGCUUACCCCAUUGGCAGAUUUUUUUGCUUGUUUUAUGCACAAAAUCACUUAAAUUUGAUAUUUUUGGUCUAUUUUCUUGGGUCAUUUUGCUCAUCAAGAAAAAGCAUCAUAAAGGUGCAGUGUGUAAUUUUUAGAAGGAUCUCUUGAAAGAAAUGCAAAAUAAUAUACAAAACUAUAUUAUCAGUGUUGUAUAAAGACCUUGUAAAAUGAACCGUUAUGUUUUUAUAACCUUAGAAUAAGACGUUUUUAUCUACAUACACCGAGGGUCCCCUUACAUGGAAGUCGCCAUUUUGUGCCGCCAUGUUUCUACAGAAGCCCUUAACGGACAAACCUUUUUACUAAGUUGUCUCCGACGAUGAAAUGUUUGUCCGGUGCGGCUAUCGUAGCUUCUUUAUGCAUUUCAAAAGCAAGGGUUGAGCAGUGGAGUGAGCCGUUGGUUGCAAUUCGCAACCUCACCACUAGAUGCCGCUAAAACUUACACACUGCACCUUUAAUUUAAGAGUUUUUAUGUAUUUUACUGAAAACAAGACAAAAAUACUAAGAAAAUGUUUUCUUGAAAAUCAUUUUUGGCAGUGCAUGCCUCAGUUCUGUGUGAUCGACCGCUAACACAAAAUACUGUGAAAACUAUUUAUCAGAAAAUAGUAACGUACACCACUUAAAAGCAGAGGGGGAAUUGAAUUUCUCUGUAAAUAUCCCUGCAUAUGAUCAAAAAUUGUGACCCUGCCUAUAAAACCCAGCUAAAGACAUUUUCCUACAUAAAAUAUAUGUAAAGAACAUUGUGUGAAAAUAUAACCUUGACAUCUUUAAUAUUGACUGAGUAAGGUCAUGUCAAAGAUUGAAAUUCAAGUAAUUAAAGAUGCUGGAUUUCACAGACAUGGUCACAAUUAAAGUUAAACGCGCAUGAAUAAAGACCCUGUAUUUGUGUGAAACCCUUCACAUUGUCAUUGUGGACAAUAAUCACAUUUUGGAUUUUUGGGUAAAAAGUGACCAACAACCAAAGAUACACUCCACCUUUUCCAUAAAUACAAGUACAUAUUUGCCAUGUGGAUUUGAAUGUACCAUGUUUGUUGGACCUUAUUUUUUGUAAUUUAAUAGUGUUUAAAUAUACUUGUUGCAUUAACAGAGCAGACUGACAGUAGGUAAAGUUUUCUUACCGCUAAUCACUAAACAGUUCAAUUAUGCUAUAUAUAAACUGUCAUAAAUAAACUACUACAGUAAAUAAGAUGAAUAUAAUAAUAUUAAAUUAAUCAGGACCCUGUUUACAAUAUUUCCAACAUGUAAAUUGAUCUAUUUUGGCAUUUUCUAUGUCUGUCCCUGCAGAAAAAUGCAGAUGUAAAAAUGAAAUUUGUUGUCAUGCUGGGCUGUGGCAAUUCUUGUGCAUGUUUUAUAAGACUGAUGUUAUUAUGCAAGUACAAAAGAUAUAUAGAUGUGAGUAAGGGUAAAAUAAAAUGUGCCUUGCGACAGAACAAACAGGUGACAUUUAAUGAAAAAAAAGCAUUUGAUGACACUGUGCUUUGAGAAAUCUUCAAAGCCAUCUACAUCUUUGUUUCUAAAGAAGAUUAUUAUCCAAAACUGUUUAAUCUAUAGUGUGCUAUCCUCCUGUAACACUCCUUAUGUAAAGUACUGUAAAUUGUAGCUGUUUUAGUGUCUAUUGGUGGCUAGAUUUUUUUAAUGCUUAUUAACAAAUGCCUAAACG